AGGCGCGGCCGCUCCCGAGGCGCUGGCGCUGCCUCAGCCGCGCUCGGAGGGCAGCACUUGCUGGGCCUGUGUGUCCAAGUCCCGGCCUCCCGCGGCCUUCAGUACCAUCUUCCGGUGCCGACCGCGUCUGCCAUGGACGACUACGCGGUUCUCUCGGACACCGAGCUGGCCGCAGUGCUGCGCCAGUACAACAUCCCUCACGGGCCCGUCGUGGGCUCCACUCGCAAACUCUACGAGAAGAAAAUCUUCGAAUACGAGACCCAGAGGCGGAGGCUGUCGCCCCCCAACUCGUCCUCUUCAUUCUAUCGCUUUUCAGACUUGGAUUCAGCAUCCGUGGACUCAGAUAUGUACGAUCUCCCCAAGAAAGAAGAUGCCUUACUUUACCAGACCAAGGGUUAUAAUGAUGACUACUAUGAAGAGAGUUACUUGACCACCAGGACUUAUGGAGAGCCAGAGUCUGUGGGCAUGUCCAAAGGUUUCCGCCAGCCAGUGACUUCACUGUCAGAUGCUGACACCUUCCAUCAUCAGGUGCGUGAUGACACUCUUUUCUCUUCUUCUGAAGAGGAGGGCAAAGAUAGGGAACGCCCUAUGUAUGGCAGAGACAGUACCUACCAGAGCAUCGCCCACUUCCGCCCCAUCUCCAAUGUCUCCAGGAGCUCCCUGGGCUUGCCCUAUUAUCCUACAUCCUCUACUUCUUCUGUGUCCUCUUCAUCUUCUCCCUCUUCGUGGCUCACUCGCCGUGCCAUCCGGCCAGAAAAGCAGACACCUGUUGCUGGUCUGGGCCAGGAUCGCCAGGUCCCACUCUGGGGCCAGCUGCUGCUUUUCCUGGUCUUUGCUGCUUUUCUGCUCUUUGUUUACUACUCCAUGCAGGCUGAAGAAGGCAACCCCUUCUGGAUGGAUCCCUGAGAGUACUGGCUUCAGAGCCAGAUCUUCUUGGGGAGUUGUGGCUGAUUGCCUUAGCAGUGUUUGCUGGGGGUG